GCUUAAGACAUGCAUUGUGUUAGAGUCUCCUUUAUAUAUAUUUUGAUUGAUGGUUCAUCAGCGUCGUGUUACAGGAGAUCAGCAAUGGCGUCGAAGCUAACACCAAAGCUCUUCUCAUGGCUAAUUCUACCAACUUUGCUACUCAUUUUCCUCUACUCUUUAUCCCUCCCUCUUUACCCUCCUCCUUCUACUUCUCCAAAAACCAAAAUUCCCAUUUUACCCUCUUCUUGUAAUCUCUUCAAAGGCAAAUGGGUCACCGACCCGAAUCGAAAACUCAUUUACGAUGAAUCCUGCCCGUUUCACAGGAACGCUUGGAACUGUCUCAGAAAUCAAAGAGAAAAUAUGGGUCGGAUCAAUUCUUGGAAAUGGGUACCCGAUGAGUGUGAUUUAAACCGGGUCGACCCGGUUGCGUUCUUGGGUUCAAUGAGGAAUAAGAAUAUUGGGUUUAUUGGAGAUUCGUUAAAUGAGAAUUUUCUGGUUUCGUUUUUGUGUAUUCUUAGAGUGGCGGAUUCUAGUGCAAAGAAAUGGAAGAGAAAGGGUGCUUGGAGAGGAGCUUAUUUUCCCAAGUUCAAUGUUACUGUGGGUUAUCAUCGUGCUGUUUUGCUCGCGAAAUAUGAGUGGCAGCCAAAACAGCCUGACGACUCCAACCAAGAUGGAUUGAAGGGAAGAUAUCGAGUAGAUGUUGAUAUUCCAGCUGAUGAUUGGGCUCAUGUUGGUGCCUUUUACAAUGUUCUAGUCUUCAACACUGGUCAUUGGUGGGGCUUCGACAAAUUCCCUAAAGAAACACCUCUUGUUUUCUACAAGGCAGGGCAACCGAUUCAACCUCCAUUAGAGAUGUUUGAUGGGCUUAAGGUUGUUCUCGAGAAUAUGAUUGCCUACAUAGAAAAAGAAUUACCAGAGAAAACACUUAAAUUUUGGCGCUUGCAAUCUCCAAGGCACUUUCACGGUGGUGAGUGGAAUCAAAAUGGUAGUUGCACAGUGUAUGAACCCCUUGAUGAACUUCAGCUUAACCUGUGGUUUGAUCCCAGAUACAAUGGGGUUAACAAAGAAGCAAGGCGACUAAAUCAUCUCAUUGAAGAGGUUUUGAAAGGCACAAAUAUCAGAAUCCUCGAUCUGACUCACUUGAGUGAGUUCAGGGCAGAUGCCCAUCCUGCAAUUUGGUUAGGGAAAAAGGAUGCAGUGGCGGUAUGGGGUCAGGACUGUAUGCACUGGUGCCUUCCUGGUGUUCCAGAUACAUGGGUCGAUAUCUUGGCCCAGCUAAUCACUCCUUAUAUUUUGGAGACAGGGUGAUCAUUGUAGACGGUUGCAAAGCUUUCGUUAUUUGCAACUGAGCUCCUGAUAGAUCAAGAUGUGGGCUUUUUCGACAACCUUGCAAACGUGCUGAUCCAAAGGAGAUGGUAGAACCAGUUCACUAUUUUGUAUUCAUUUACAGUCUUUCUAUCAUUUGGAGGGUAGGAGUUUGGGGGUUGGAGAUGUUUACUGAUGCUUGCCUUUGGGGAGGAAAAAUGGAGGCUGAUUAUGAACAAAAAGGCCUAGGAGUUUAUGCUAACUGUUUUUUUCUUUUUCCCCUUUUCAUCUUAUUCCUCAGGAGGAUUGUUCCCCAGUUUGUAACUUUGUAGAACAUGUAUAAUCAUUGCCAUAUACAGUUGUUUUUUUUUUC